CCAAGUCUGCCAGCCAAUUGCUAAAAGCCACAAAGGCAGUGACAAAAUGAUUGUUAACCCUUCCAUUGAUUGAUUUGGCAGGAAACCAUAUCUUCCCCUCUCUCAUUCCUUCCUUAGAAUCCUUACCAUUAUAUAUAUAUAUAUAUAUAUAUAUAUAUAUUUCUAAAACUAACAAUUCCCAUAACCCAUCUUCUCCCUCCUUUACUCUCUCCUUUUUUUUCCUCUGCAGAUGUCUCAGAUCACUAUACAAUCCCCCAAACACUGCUCCAAGAGAGAACUUACCCUUCACAGGUUCAGGUUCAACAAGAAGCUCUUCCUCUCCUUCCUGAUUUCCAUUUUUGCCCUCAUCGUCAUCGUCUGGCUAACCCUACACCCCUCCAAGCCGGAGUUCUCCCUCACGGCGGCGAACAUCAACCAACUCAACCUCACCGCCUCCCGCCUUCUCUACUCCUCCAUCCAGCUCACCCUCCUAUCCAAGAACCCAAACAAGAAAAUAGGGAUAUACUACGACGAAAUGCACGUGUUCGGGUCCUACAAGGGGCAGCAGAUAACAGUUUACAGUUACAUCCCUCCCUUCUAUCAAGGGCACGAAGACACCAACCUUGUUUCUGCAGCUUUGACCGGGAACGGACUGCCCGUGGCUCCUUCGUUUAGCUACGAGGUGGAGAGGGAUCAGACUGCCGGGAGGUUUGUGUUGGUUGUUAAGGCGGGUGGGAGGCUGAGGUGGAAGGUGGGGACUUGGGUUUCUGGGAAGUAUAGGUUUAAUGUUAACUGUGUUGCCAUGAUGCCUUUGGGAGAAACCUUGGGGUUGAGUUAUACUAGGAUUAAGCAAGGGAGUCAAUGCUCUACUACCCUUUGAACAAGAUGAUGAACACUUUUAAUACCUCUUUUUCUUCAUUCUCUUCAUGUCCAUAUUGUGAUUUUCUUUUACUUUCUUUCUUUGAGGUUUGAGUUUUUUUUUAAUAAAAAAAAUAUAAUGCUCCUAAUCAUGAUUUGGUGUUUGUGUAUGAGAUUAUAGGGAAAGCAAAAAAGUAAUAAAGGGGAGUGCAAAGU